AUGGACCCUCGCCGCGUUCCCCGCACUGUCAUCGACCCCAAGGUCCGGCAGGUCGGGUUCUUCGCCCCUCCCGACAGAACCCAGUCAGGCUUGCCUGCCCCGCCGUCCUCCUCGCCGCCGGCGUCCCCCGCCGGCAACUCCCUGUCUCCCGUCAUGAUCCCGCCGCCGCGCCACGUCUCGGCCGACCUCUCCCGCCACUUCCCCCACCCACCGUCCGUCUCGCCCCUCCCCGUCGGCUCCCGCACCGCUGAUUCUUCUCUUCCCCUGGGCAGCUACAACCCGUCGGAGUUUCUGUCCCCCGCGGCUGCCGCCGAUUUUUCCGAGGAGCAGCCGUCGCCAGGGUUCAGUCGCAAGGGGAGCUUCGGGAAAUUCGCCAGCUCGCUGCCAGCUGGCGGAUUUGAUAUGGCGAUGGCCAAGCAGAUUAUUCGAAAUCUGCCCCCAGAUGGAGGGCCAAAAGCUGAAAUGCCGAAGGAUCAGAGUUCUGCUACUACAAAGCCAUUGAAGGAGAAGACAACGAAAGCUGAGAGACGGGCCAUCCAAGAGGCACAGACAGCUGCAAAGACUACAGCUAAAGGUGAACGUCAGACAGAUAAGGAUAGAAAGAAAGAUGUCCCUCAUCCUCGUAUGCAGUUUGAUGAUGCAAGCAGAGUUGAGAAAGCAAAGAAGCGUUCUGUAGUGAAACAAACUGAAGUGAAAAACAGAGUUGAACUGUUUAGGCAUUUGCCUCAGUAUGAACAUGGAACUCGGCUACCUGAGCUGGAAUCAAAAUUCUUCCAACUCGAUCCAGUUCAUCCUGCUGUUUACAAGGUUGGGCUGAGAUAUCUAUCUGGAGACAUAUCCGGGGGCAAUGCCCGUUGUAUUGCUAUGCUUCAAGCCUUUCAAGAGGCCAUCAAAGAUUACAACACACCCACAGAAAAAUCUCUGAUAAGGGACCUCACCACUAAAAUAAACGGUUAUAUCUCUUUCUUGAUCGAGUGCAGACCCCUCUCCAUCAGCAUGGGCAAUGCAAUCAAGUUCCUCAAAAACCGAAUUGCCCACUUACCUCUACCCCUUUCCGAAUCCGAAGCCAAAGCCAAUCUCACGUCUGAUAUUGAUAUUUUCAUAAGCGAAAAAAUCAUCCUAGCCGAUAAAAUGAUUGUGAAGCAUGCCGUGACCAAAAUUCGUGACAAUGAUGAUGUACUUUUAACGUACGGAUCGUCCUCUGCAGUCGAGCUGUUAUUACUGCACGCGCAUGAGCUCGGGAAAAAGUUCCGUGUGGUGAUAGUCGAUUCGCGCCCGAAGCUCGAAGGACAAAAAUUGCUCCAUAGGCUCGUGGGGAAGGGUAUUAGCUGCACGUACACGCACAUAAAUGCAGUUUCUUAUGUCAUGCAUGAAGUGACUCGGGUUUUUUUGGGGGCAUGCUCGGUUUUAUCGAAUGGGACGGUUUUCUCAAGGGUUGGCACUGCCUGUGUAGCAAUGGUGGCCCAUCAGUUUCGGGUCCCGGUUUUGGUCUGCUGUGAAGCGUACAAGUUUAAUGAAAGGGUUCAACUUGAUUCGAUUUGCUCUAAUGAGCUUGGUGAUCCUGAUGCGAUUUCGAAGGUUUCGGGAAGAAGUGAAAUCGAUUAUUUGGAUGGUUGGGCUAAUAGUGAUAACCUGCAACUCUUGAACCUGAUGUAAGUGUAUUUGACUAUUUUCUUGAUGUUGA